CCUCCUGGGCUGAAGGCAAGGAGGCGGGCGGUGCCAGCCAAGCUGCCUUUCAUUGAGCCACCGAGACGCUUGUAUGGCAGUGGCCCAAUCGGAGUAAGGUUUCGAGUCCCGCCCCGCCUGUUGAUUGGCUUGUCAGCCUGUCCGGAGGUCAGGAAGAUGGAGCGAGGCUCUGGAGGAGGCGGAAGGGGCCGCAGAUGAGAAAAGCAGAGGGGCUUAAGGAGGAAGCCCGGCGGCAGGUGGGUUCGGCUACCAGAAAGGAGGCAAAGCGAUCGGAACGGUAGAAACUACCAAUAAAUGAGUAGGGACAUAGCGCUUCGUGUUUCAUUUGUUUAUAAAUAUUUUAAGAUGCGAAUGACGUCAGUGCCCCUGGGGAAGCGCGCUUCGGGUCGCCCUCAUUGGCCCCUCAAGGUGCGGGUCGCUCUCCGCUGCUUCGCUCCUGGUAGUACUUCUGCUCCAGCUCUUCACUGGAAGAAUUAUGUCACUAAGAAUUAGUUUCUCAGAUUUCAUUUCUCCUUCCUCGCAGUUCGUUUUCCUUUCUUGUUAUGCCUCUUAGACUCUAGGCCUGAGGGCAGGGCUGUGUUUUAUCACUGGCUUUUGGCCGCCAAGCAGAAUUAAACAAAUAACACUUUCAAUAGCUCUCAUUAUGAAAAUGGUGAUUAACUUUUUAAAUUGGGUGGAGGAGGACGUGCAGAUGGCGAGAGGAUGAUUUCGUGGCUUUGUGAGGGUGCUUUGCUGCAGCUUUGGGAAUUAUGGUACCUUCUUUCCUUUCUUUUAGAUCUCAAACCAGCCUUGCACUCAACAAAGGAGCGUCCAGGCAAAGGGAUGAAGAAGGAGCAAGUGCUGAACUGUCAGUUCUCAUGCUGGUAUCCUCAUUUCAAGAGUCAGACCAUCCGCAGGUGAGCGAGAAUCCUUUGAGGCAAGGGCUUUCUUGAAUGCCUAGGAAUGAAGAAAGGGUAUUCAACUUCCCCAUCUUCAAAUCAAGAUAUCCGUGACCAAUAUUUAGAACACAAUAUGCAUUUCUUAAUGUCAGCCUCCACAUAGGUAGAAGUGAUGGCCCCACCCCAAGGCUCCCACACAAAUAAGGACCUAUUAAUUAGGGUUGUUUUGUUUUGUUUUCUGUUAAUGCAUUUCCUAUGAAUAUUUGCUCAUUCCACAUUCACAGUACAGAUUUGAAAGGGGGUGGAUGGGUGGACUGCCACUCAUUAGUGACUGUGGAAAUUGCUGGCCUUAGCUUGUGAUCUCCCAUAUCACGUUGUUUGUCCAUGCAAAUGUAUUGCAGAAAGUAAAAGCUGUUCACUGGGACAACAAAUAUAUUGGUGAAUCUCCUUGACCGCAAAUAGCAAAUGACUGUAUUGCCAGCCUGUUUGGAGUUACCAUGUUCAGUGGCUCAUGGGACUGGGAACUCUAGUAUGUAGUGACAUAAAACUAAAAUAUUUGAGACAGUGUUCUUCAAGUUUAAAGACAAAAUACUAUUGUAAUGAGUUUAUAUGAGUUUUGCUUCUUUAAUAAAGUCUUUGUACAUUUUCCCCUCCCUCACUUCUCUGCCUUUUAUUUUUUAUUCUUGGAUGAAAAAGAGAUUUUCUUCCUUUUAAAAAAUGUGUUUAUUAAGAUGAUAUGGUUAAUAUUAUUAAAUCACUUUAGUGACAACAUCUAUAUGGAACAUAGAUAACUUGUAUAUUUUAUGUCUUCAGUUUUUCAUGUUGUCCUAAAUUAGUUUUUUUUAAUCAAUUCAGUAUCAUACUGCCACUGCCUCAGAAUGUAAAAGAUUAUUUGCUGGAUGACGGAACCUUGGUGGUUUCAGGAAGGUAAGAAAUUAUUUGUAUUUUAAAGAUAAUUAUAAAUUAUUGCUCUGGCGUUUCACUGAUACUUCAAAGAAAUUGCCUCAGUCAUUUUUCUCUCCCCUGUCUUGUGUGGUGGGCAUGGCUUUAAAGUCAGAGUAAAUUGAUUCAUAUGUUUAAUCUAGUGUUAAAACAAAGGUAGAAUAAUGGCUCUCAUAGUAGUCUUUAGCUCUGGCUGCAAGUGUGGCUACAGCAUGCAAUUAGAAACCAUAGAUGUGACCUCAAUACAUUUAUUGUGUCCAAAGUUUUAACAAGUUAUUGGUGUGAGUAUUGGGUCUGAGGGAUGCUUGACCUUUUUUGUUGCCUGCAAGGUCUGUGACUGAAAGUAUCCUAUCUAAAUCUGAAAAGUCAAAGGAGUGAGUGCAUUAUGGGACAACUUUUAAGGGUGGUGGUAGUGGUUAUCUAAAAAGUGUCUUCGUUCUCUUAUAAAGUGUUCCUGAUUUGCAGCCCUUUCUUUUUUUAAAAAAAUAUUUUUUAUUAAUUUUUAGCAUAUAAAAUUUUAAAGAUAUACCACACAAGUUAUUAGACACAUAUCCUUGUUUGGACUUCCUUCAGCACCUCUGAUAAUCCUCCGUCUUAAUUAUUUCUCAUGCAGUUCUUAACUUAAUAUUGCCUUUACAUUUUCUAACCAGUCAUUUCUCCCUUUCCAUUUUUACAAUAUUUCUUAAAUUACUCCUCACAGAACUUCUUAUAAUCCUAUAAACGUAAUCUGAUUGUCACAAAUACUUUUCAAAUACUCCAUAAAUUUAGUCCAGUCUUCGGUAAACCUCUGAUCCCGCCGAUCUUGGAUCUUUCCUGUUAGCUUGUCUAAUUCUGCGUAGUCGAUUUGCAGCCCUUUCUAUCCAUACAAGCAAUGGAGCAAAUUGACUCUUUUCACAUAUACGAACCAAAGAUAAAGUCUGGAUUGUUGUAUCAAAAGUUACUGGUGGCCAAAUGUGAGAAGCCAUGGCAUAAAUUAAAAUGACUUGUUGGUUGGGGAAAUGGCUACUUGAUUUUGGAGCUUCUGUGUUUAGUUUAUGUGGCAUAUGGCUCGGGGCUUACAUUUUUGCAUUUCUAAAGUCCAGUCACCUUAAAUUAGUGCAUUCUGCAGAAGUAAAACCUUAUCAACUUGUUAGGCUAUUUCAAGUUCUGUACCCUUGUGACUUGAAAUUAAUAGGUUUCAGUUUUCCUGCUUCUAUUCUAGGGAAGAUCCGCCAACAUGUUCCCAAGAAGAUGAUGAUGGGGAAGAGGCAGAGGAAAUACAGGUUUGUACAAACUGUGAUAUACUCAAGCUCUGUAUACUGAUAUUUCUGUGUCACCCACAGGUACCGUUACCAGCUUAUAAGUUUUCCCUUGUACUUUUUAAAAGUUGGCUAUUGAAUUGGAAAACAAAGCAAUAUCUUAUUCUCUAGCCUGCUGCCCCACCCACUACACACCCAGUCCCUUUUUAUGUGCUUUUACUUGCUGUGCAGUGCAAAUGGAAUUCUUAUUUCUAUCUUCAUGUUGAAACCUGCCUUUCCCAUCCACUGUAGGAUAGUUUUACGCAGCGCUGCCAACUUGAAUAAAAUAUUGGGGUGGUGGGCAAGUAAGCCCUGCCCUGCAUAAUCCAUCACAUGAUGUGGUGCAUGGGCACCAUUUGAACGGCAAUUCCCAUCAACUUCGGGGGGCUCAAAUAUUUUAUUGGAGGCGCAAAGACCCCUCAACCCCUAGGAGUUUGCUCCUAUGGCUUUGGGAUCGCUGCAAACAUACUUUUCAGAGUCUGUGCCAUGAGCUGCUCAGGCACCUCCACUAGUUGUCGUUAUCAUUCAUUCAGUGUCACCAAAGCUCACAGAGGUGAGAUCUACAGCAGCAAGAGAAAAGGGAAUCCUCCAAAUAGAGAGCUUUGAUGAGGUAGAUUUCCUACCACCAUCUCAAUUUUAGCCAAAUAUUCCUGUCUGGAGGUCACAUGUGACCCCAAACUGCUUCUUGAGGUCAGGGGAUGGAAACCUCAGCUAAACCUUGGGAGUAAAGGUUGUUCAACAGUGGAAUAGACUGGCUCAGGAGAGGGAGUGUCUUCUCCCUGGACAACAGCCUAUCAGAGAUGCGGUAGUGGUGCCCUACAUUGCACAUAAUGCAGUGAACAGGGAGGUGAGACUGAAUGACUCCAAGGUCCCUUCUGCCCCCCGAUGAUCUGAAUGGACCUAAUACAAAAACAUGCCAGAUUUAUGUAUUUAUUUAUUUCAAACUCUUUUCUUUCUUCAGUGGUCUGAUGAUGAAAAUACUACAACACUUACGGUAAGGCCCUUUUUUUCUUUAAUUUUUUUUGUCCCAGUGAAUGGUCUGAAGGCAUUUGAGGCCACCACCUUCCUGAAUUUAAGCAGUUCUGGUGCUGAUUUUAGUGCCUAGAUGAGUGAUGACUUGGAAACCACAGCCUUGGGUUUCGUUGCUGAAAAAAGGCAGGAUAUGAAUCUGCAUAUUGUACUAAUUCAGGGAUUGUCUAAUCAGAUACAGCUGAGCUGCUGGGAAAAUAUGUAUACUGAAGGGUUAAUUGUAUUUGCCAUUAGUACUAACUUUUAUCUGACCAGAGUUGCAUAAGAACUCUUUUCAUUAGGUUAGAAAUUGAACUAAACUCUACUUGUGCCCAGAAAAGGCAAUGGCUUGACAUGGUAGUCCAUUUAAAACAAAAUAAAAAUGUAAAAAUAAAGUGUGUACAACCUUAUUACUCAAAUUAAAUAGCAUUGUAUUUAAAACAUAAUGAUAACUUUGCUUACAUAAAGUGGUUGAAAAUAUAUUUUUGAGAAAUAACUGCUUUGGGUCAAGUUCUGCAUUAACAAUCAGACCAAAUAAGAACAUAAGAAGAGCCUGCUGAUCAGGCCAGUGGCCCACCCAGUCCAGCAUCCUGUUCUCACAGGGGCCAACCAGACGACUGGGGGAAACCUGCAGGCAGGAUCUGGGCGCAAGAGCAACUCUCCCCUCCUGUAGUUUCCAGCAACUGGGAUUCAGAAACAUUGCUGCCUCUGACUGUGUAGGUAGAACCAGACUAGUAGCCAUUGAUAGUCUUUACCUCCAUGAAUUUCUUCUAGUUACUAUCUUGUGUCUUUUCCAGUCACCCCCCCCUUUUUCCUUUUUUCUUUUGCUUUAGCUAUGAACAAGCAGUAUUUUCUACAAAAUGGAUAAGGCCUCAUACACACACGUUGUUCCUGAGGCAAUUUCAUCCGAUAAAAGUAUGAAUCCCAUGAGAGAACUAGGACAUACAGUUAUCAAUACUGCAUUCUUAAGCAUCUCCAUGUGCCAUGUGGCAGGUGACUUUCAGCUCACUGAAAUUUUGGAAGGAAACUUUCCAGUUUUUCUUUUCUUGUUCUGUCUGAGCUCCUUGCUCAACACCUUCAUCCCACUUGCUCUUACAGCCAUCUUGACAAGCAUAACAGCAGGGCCAGAUCUGGAGAAGUACUGUACAGUAUUUACUCAAUGGUAAUGCACACCUUUUUUGGCCAAAUUAUGUUGUGAAAAUUAGAGUGUGCGUUAGAUUUAAUGCCGUAUUUACAUUCACCAUCAAAUACUUUUUUUGUUUCAAAGUUUUGAAAAUUGAGGUGCACAUUAGAUUCAAUGGAGCAUUAGAUUGCAAAAAUACGGAAGGAUUGGGGCCUCAGUGAUGAGUAGUGAGGAAGUGGGGACUGCCUUUCCGCCCUGCUCCAGAGCCAGUGGAAGUGGGUUUGGAUGCACAGAAAGUCAAGAGAAAUUUGUUGGUCUUUCCCCCCGCUCCUAUCCCCUGGUAGUUCCCUCCAUUUUGUGUCUCCGAACAUAGCCAACAGACAAUGUGGGGUAAAUAAAAUUUACAGCACUUUUGCAUUAUUACAGUUACCAUUAUCUUUCAUUGCCUCAUAUGAAUAGUUUGAUUUCAGUUAUUACUAUUACUGUCUACAUUCUGCAUAAUAAUAAAUAAAUGCUGAAGUGUCUGGGUUGAAGAUGAUUUCAAAAUCAACAAGCAGGAGGGAAUCUAGAUCAAUGAAAACUGAAGGGAAGGGGAAAGUUAUGAAAUCUUAUUGUUUAUCAAACCUGUGCUCUGAAACUAAACAGUGGAUGACAUUUGUAAAUACUGGCUUUAACAUGACAACUUCAAUGGUAGUCGUUUAUCACCGUCUAUGAAUAUCUUCAUAUUCCCAAAACAAUUUAUUCCAUUUGAUGAAGAGAAAGAAAAUAAAAAAUGCAAGAGAGCCCACAAACAUCUCUAAAUCUGUUCAACCCAGGACACAUUUUGUUUUUCACAAGCUUCUCAUUUUGUUGUUGUUUGUCUAGGCACCAGAAUUCCCUGAGUUUGCACUUAAAGUUGAAGAAGCAAUUGGCUCACUGGGAGGCAGUGUCUUUCCUAAGCUUAACUGGAGUGCUCCAAGGGUGAGAACAUGAAUUAAAUCCUAAAUCAGAUGAUUUAAUGAUAUUUUUUAAAAAAAUAAAGGAUAACUAUUUCUUUGAGCUAUUUGGGAAGUGAAAAAAAUAAUUACACUGAAAAGAGCUAGUGGAGAUAGUAUAGCAGUGCUUAAGAGCAGCUUGGGAAAGGGAGGAUGGCCAAAGGAUGUAAUAAAAUUGUCUCUCACGCAGCAUUUUCUGCUUACGUUUAUGUAUCGCAUUUGAAUCCUAUCCUUUACCGAAGAAGCUUAGGGUGGAGCACAUGGAGCAAUCAUGUUUUAAUCUUCACAAACACAGUGAAGUACUCUGGGCUAAAAAAUGGUCUCUUAUCCAAGGCAUGCUAGCAUUCCUUGGCGCCAAAGAAGGAUCUGAAUCUAGAUUUCCCACAUCAGAAUUCAGUAUUCUACCCAGACUAGCUUUGAUGCCACUGUGCAAGGUUUGGUUAAAAUGUGCUUAAAAUAAAGUUUGUUUUUUAAUUUUUAGGAUGCUUACUGGAUAGCAUUGAAUAGUUCACUGAAAUGCAAAUGUCUCAGUGACAUCUUCCUACUUUUCAAGAGUUCAGACUUCAUUACUCGAGAUUUCACUCAACCGUAAGUUUUAAAAAGAGUAGGUACAGUAUCAGUGUGUGGUGUGGUGUUGCUGAGUUUUCAGACACCCCCACCUCAACUGUUCCCAGUUCUGAAAUCUUGGAUCUUUAGAUCUUCAAUUUGUUCUUGUCCAUGAGCAGAGAUGCUUUGUCAGACUAUUCUUCUGUUUAUCCUACUGCAACUUUGCUUUUUCUGAGUUUAUUGUUCAUUAAUCUAUCUUCUGCAUUGUCUCAAUACUGGAAUUUAAUCAUAACUUCAAGGAAGAUAGGUUUGUUAAAUGCUGCAAGAGAUGAAAAGCUCUGUGCACAAUGCCUUUCUUUUCCUAAUGCUGUCUUGGUUACUGUUAAGUAUUCAGUGUUUGCCCGAGCAUGAGUCGUGACUAAGGAUUCUGAGCCCCUGUUCUGAUUCGAUACAUGAUAUCCAGUCACAGAACACUUCAGGAUUUGGGCUUCGGCCAUUGGCCCUUAAACUCUGACUUAUGAUUUGCAUCUUGGAAGUUUAGACAGCCAAUCACGUUGGGAGUGGGAGUGCACGGUAAGUGCUCCAGAUCUUCAGAUUAGGGGAGUUAGCACAGUUCUCGACUUUUAGAUUUUUUUCUGAAAUCUGCUACACAUAGUUCUGCUGAGAUAAGAUGGCGUCCGGCACACUUCCCCUGUGCUGAGGGACGCCUGUGCCAAUAGGAAAAACUUGAGCUCUCUUCACAGCUCUUAGCAGAGUUCCGUAGCGGCAGAAAGUGUUGCCUUGUGUGUGGAUAAUAAAUCAGACUGUUUGCAGGCUUCUUGCUAAUCUCUAACAGCCUUUAAUGAGUAACAUCAUAAAUCAGUCCCGGCGAGAGAGCAGGCAUCCUUCUCGCCUCUCAGCCAAAAAUGAAAGUAACUCACACACAAAGAAAAAUUCCCAUAUGUGAACAUAACCACGCCUCAGAAUGUGAGACAUCACACAGAACUGUUUAACCCUGUAAGUUCUGAUUCUCCUCACAAGUUCUUAGCUGAAGGUUGAAUCCAGUGCUGCGUGAACCAAGUUGCACAUGCUCUGUAGGACUUCCCAUUUCUCUCUGCCUGCCCCCCAGAUCUGCUCCCUGCAACCCUCUGGAGCAGUUUUGAAGGUGCGUUGUUGAGGAGUUGAGGGUCCGGGGAGGGGAGGGAAAAGUUCUGCUGCACAAGCAGAAGUUGGCUAUGACAGUGGAACAGCCUUAUACACAGCCCUGAAUGCUAUUCUCUGCGUCAGGGUCAUGCCAGUCAUAGUCCUCCAUAAAGGGAACUAUUAAGGGACAGAAUGUAGGAUCUUUUUUCAUGACAUUUCCAAAUAUGCAUGAACAUACCUAGUCAGGAUCUUAAGUUAACAGCCCUGCUGAACCACAAGACCUGUCUUCAUUAAUUAAGAUAUUGAUUAAGCUUCAACACCCCUGACAAGAGAAAAUGAGAAAUGUUACUGUUGUUCGGAAGGAAAAUGCUGAACAAGUGGAAAUUGGGUACAUUUAUAUAUCCUGUUAAUUUGAAUCGGCUUAUAGAUUUAUUUUAUUUUUAUUUUUUUUCCUUUUUAAGCAGCACUUAGUUGUUGUUUAGUGACAUGGAGAAAGUUCUAUAACUGCUCCAAAGAAACAUAAUACUAAUGGAAAAUAUAUGAUGAUUAUUUUAUAUUCCUACCCUGCAUAAUAAAUGGCAAGGGCUUAUUAAAAAACAAGUUACCAUUUUCUGAGAAUUACUGGACUAGAAAUAGAAUCUUUUGCCAUUGUUACUGAGCUAUAUUGUCUGGUCUUAAGGGUGUAUAUUCCUGAGUCUCCUAGAUACACAGAUCCCACACUGGUGUAACAAAAUCAUAGAAUUGUAGAUUGGAAGGGACCCCAAGGAUCAUCUAGUUCAACCCCCUGCAAUGCAGGAAUCUCAGCUAAAGUAUCCGUGGCAAGUAUCAGUUGAGCCUUUAUCUUACUUAGAAGCUCAACUCCAAGUGGAGAACAAAACAGUGAAGCCAUGCUCUGACGAGAUGCCUUGAAUUCUCCUCUAUACACAGACACAUGUAAUUGUAAAGGUUAUACAGACCUUGCUAUCUGGAACUGAAAUCCAGACCACAAAAGGGGAAAGGAUACAGCUUGGCUUUAUUUGAUAAUGCAGUAACUACAAGUGCAUAUUCCACAAAGUCUUGGUACAAUAACUUUGCCAUCCAGGCUCCAUGACAAUAAAUGUGCCCACGAGGCUCCAGCAACAACAGGGCAUCAUUGCUAAACAACAGUGUCUCACUGUGUACUCUGGACAUUUCAGGUGAAGGGUAUGGCCAGCCCUUCUGACCUUAGAUGGAAGCAAGACCUUUUGAUGGGCCCAGGGUGAGGCUUCGUUGAUGGAACAGGCAGACCUAAUGAGUGUGUGCUGGAACUGGUGCAUGAGGAAGUGAAGCUACGACAGUACGUUCUGUGAGCUCUUCAUGGUCGUGUCCAUGGCCCCCUGCUAAUGUUACCGGUUGUCACGUUCUGUAUAAUUUGUUUCCUUGCAUCACCUCUGCUGCUGCAGGUGUUCAUCUCCACGCAAACUCUGAACUGUUGACUUCUUGCCACAUGGUGUGCGUAAACAGCUUUUGCUGGGCAAUGCGCUCCUUUCCCACCAGAUCCCUGUCUUCUGUGAAGAGCUUGGCCUUCAGCUCCCAGGCCCUGUAUUUAGGCCUCAGUUGAUCCCACAGACAAGGAUUCACGGGGGAACGCAAGAGCUUAAAGUAGUUGGUCUGAGAUGCUGGUUUGGGGUUCAGGUGUGACACGCCAGUCUCUCGGGGUCCACAGCCUGCUCUUCACCAGAUGAGGGUUUUGUUUCACCUGGGAGAGGUGAGCAGCCUGCUCAAUACUGUCUUCAUAAUUGCGUGAGAUAAACUAACAUUGUUUUCAACCUCUGGCUAUCCUCUGCUCAGAAAAAAGCUCUGAUAGUUGACCAUCCUCAAACCGUUUUAAAUGUUUCCCAGGUAACAAACAAACAAAACUUUCGUACUGAGAGGCUCAGAGUUUGUUUUGACAAAGACAUUGGUUCAAACAAUCCAGAACUGUUCUCAGAAUUAGAAUCUUGGAUAACUGAGGGAACUUGCAUUCAGCUGUGAAGAGAAAAAUUCUUUCCCGGUAGGUUUCUCUGCAGCCUGUUUUGCCUGGAGGGGUUUUGGGGUGCCCAGCAGACAUACCGUAUUUUUCACCCUAUAAGACGCACUUAUCCCCCUCCAAAAAUGAAGGGGAAAUGUGUGUGCGUCUUAUGGGGCGAAUGCAGGCUCCUUGGCUUCAGCGAUAGCAACACGAAGCCUCCGAAGCCUGCGCUCUGGAGGCUUUGCGUUGCUUCCGCUGAAGCCAGGAGAGUCUGCUCUUUGAGGCUGGCGGGGGGGGGGAACAGCGCUUCCCCCAUGGCCAGCCCCAGAGGAUGGGGGGCAGCGGGAAGGCCCACCACGCCUUACCCCUACUCUCCAACCCGGCUUUGAGGCUAGCGGUGGGGAAAGCAGCGCUUCCCCCAUGGCCAGCUCCAGAGGAUGGGGGGCAGCGGGAAGGCGAGCGACGCCUUCCCGCUACUCUCCGACCCGGGUUGGAGGCUGGCGGGGGGGAAAGCAGCGCUUCCCCCAGAGGAUGGGGGGCAACGGGAAGGCGUCGCACGCCUUCCCGCUACUCUCCAACCCUCCUGUGGACUUUUGCGGGAGAUGGGGGAAUUCCCCCACCUCCCGCAAAAGCCGCGCGCUCUUUAAAGGGGCUCCGCGGCUUCUGCUGGCUUUUCUAGGAGGUGGGGGAAUUCCCCCACCUCGUAGAAAAGCCCGCAGGAGCCGCGCACCCUUUGAAGAGCGCGCCGCUCUUGGGGGCUUUUCCCCGAGGAGGGAGAAGGGACUGACUGGCCAUUUCAGUCCCUUUUCCCUCCUGGUCGAAAAGCCCGUAGGUGUCGCGCAUGGCUCCUGUGGGCUUUUGCGGGAGGUGGGGGAUUUCCGCCACCUCCCGCAAAAGCAGGGAGAAGGUCUUGGAGUAGCGCACAGGCUGCGUGCAGCCUGUCUGCUGCUCCCAGAGCUGCGGGGGGGGGGGUCAUAUUUUUUUCCUUGAUUUCCCCCCCUGAAAACUAGGUGCGUCCUAUGGGCUGGUGCGUCCAAUAGGGCGAAAAAUACGGUACUAAAGCUGGAUAUGGAUGGACUGCACAUCUGCUAAACAUCCAAAAGGGGGCAAGGUUUAGCUGAAACAGACUGUCGUUUGUCCUAAUGUUCUCAGGAUUUCAGCAGAUUUGACAAACUUUGUUUUCCUUGGAGAACAGCUUGUGGUGGGCAGUUCAAAUUUAGUUCUGUCAUCUUUGCAUUUGGGGGGGGGGGGGCUACAAAUCUUUUUGCUAUCCCAAGGGUGUCUGAAAGCAUAUAAUGCAGCAGCCUUGAUGAUACUGUGCUGAUCUCAGCCUGGUACCCGGUGUUUGGAUGGGAGGCCACUUGAGAACCCAAAUGUAUUUGCCUUCUUCAGUGGAGGUUUUGGAGCAAAGGUUGGCUGACAAUCUGUCUUGGAUGCUUUAGUUCAGAGGUUGGCAACCUAAGGCCCAUGGGGGUUGCUUAACUAGCCCAUGAACUGCCCCUGAACCGAGCCGCCCACUCGGUGAGUCCCGAGUGCUGCGCAGUGCAGGGACUCUCUUCCGCGGCUCCGGAAAUCACUUCUGCGCAGGACGCGAUUUCUGGCGUUGCACUGCACCGGUCCAGCCCAUGGAGGAUCUCCGUGGGAGUGAUCCGGCCCAUGCCCGGUAAGCCUUUCCGACCCCUGCUUUAGUUGAAGUUCCUGCAUUACGGGGGGUGGGGACUAGGAGGCCCUCAGGAUCCCUUCCAACUCUAAGAUUCUAUGAUUAUAUUUGCAGAACAGAGACGUGAUGAUUAAGCUGAUAUUUUUCAAACAUAGUGUUAUAUCGUCAAUGAAAACAAGAGUUUGAGAUGGAGUUGGUUUAUUUUCUGCAUGUUAGCUAUCCCAAGUCCCCAAUCCAUGUUCUGCACUAAGCUGGUAUUCUGUGUAUAUCAUCAGUCUGUGCUGUUCACAAAAUGUCACUCUUGUUUGCAAAUAACGAUAUUGGUAUAGUCAUGCAGUACUUAAAGCUGGCAUUUAAGGGUUGUCAGCAGAACAGACUUCUAAUAUGCAUGGGUGGAAGUCUAAUCACACAAUGUUGGAUUCCACCCUAAUUUUUUCUCAUGUAAUUUAUUUUAAGAGUGACCAGAUUUAAUGAAGUAUUUACAAUUAACAUAAAGAUAUAAAGAAAAUGCAUAAUUGUUGGCAGUCACGGAACUUCCUAUGUUCCCACUGAGAUGAUUGCUACUUGCCAGAUGUAGGAACAGAAUUGAGACCUAAGUAGAUUACCGGCUUUCUCAAGAAUAAUUAAGAAAGUAGAGAACCCACAAGAAAUAGAAAAUAGGAUUGUUCAAAAAGAUAGAAGGAGCAAUGUAAAGACUGGCUCAAGAUAACUUGACCUGGAGUUACUUCAGUUACUUUAAAAGCACAACUUCCUAUUCCUCUGGAACACAGAGAUGUUUGAAAAGUUCCUGUGUUUAAUGGAUGGGUAUUUGUUGACUCUCGCAGUGAUCUGUAUUUCUUUCCUGUGUGAAUUUUCAGUAUCCCUGUCGACACACCUCUGCUUCUGUUAUGCGACUGCUCUUUGUUAAACAGUUCUAAGUUAUUUCAAACUUCUGAGGUACCCAGCUUGGCAUAAAAUACUAGAGGGAUGCUGCCGCUUGUGAAAUAUGAGUGGGCACUGUCUGGGAACAAGGGCUGGGCAUCUAUAGGAACUGACUUGGUAAAAUCAAUGUAGCUUUCUAUUGGAUGUCUUGAUUCCUUGAUUCCUCAGCUUUUCAAGCACCUGCCUGAUAAAAUUAUGCCUUGAAACAGGCUCUCUUGUUAAAAGCCACAACUCCUGUGUGUUUGGAUUGUUUAACAGAAUCGCACAGUGUAAUCUCUUUUGUGUGAACAAAGGGAUGUUCUGGGCUUGUAAACAAUGGCAGACUUUUCCAGUAUAUGUAAAGCUGCAUAUAAUUAAAUUGAGCAUGUUCCAGUUUGUGUGUGUGGUUAUUAAUAGUGUUUAUUUCUUCCAUGCAACAAUUCCUCCAUACCCUUCAAUACAACAUUUAGGUCUUUCAGGGGGAUUCCACUCUGUAUUUUUUGGCUGGAAGUACCUGAUGCCACCCUGGGCUCCUCUGUGAGGAAUGUAUAAUAAACAAUAAAACAAACAAACAUAUAAAUAAUGCUGCUAAAAGCACGAUGGAUUUAGCUCUGUAAGUUGCCUCAAUAAGAGGCUAUUUGAGAACAGGCCAUGCACUCUGGCCACCUCCGUGGGGAAAAGCAAAGUAUGUGUAAUAAAUACAAAUAAGUAAGUAAAAGCUUGACUCUAAAACUGAUUAGAAACCAUUUUGACCUUAAUAAAUAAGUCUUCUGUAGAUGGAGAAUAAUGCCUGUAGCAUCUAACACAGUCAGGUGGCGCCUGUGAUAUCUUCAGCAGCCCCAGUCUUCACACCCCUCAGAUUAGCAGGCUGCCUUGGUAGGGAAAGGAUAGAAGAAGGAACUGUGUUCUGCGCACUCCCAAGUAAGGUUUGCUCCUGGAGGCGCAUCUCCUUGAGUGCUAACCUUUCUGCUUGCAACACAUAACUAAUCCCCCCCCCCUUUUUUAAUGAGUUGAUGAUAGGAGAAGAGUCUAAUGCUGUUUUCCAUAUCUUGAUUUUACUUAUUGAUUUUUAACAUACUCCACAAUGCCAUUGGCAAAGUUUUCAUGUCAAAUGUUUACGGUUCUUAGUCUCAAAGCAAAUUAGUGCACCUGCUUUCCUUUUCCAGAUUUAUCCAUUGUAAUGAUGAUUCUCCUGACCCCAAUUUGCAAUAUGAGGUAAGCGAAAACUAUUUUUCUAGACUGUUGUGUGUGUUCUUACACAGAGAGCUUAAUAAGACAGCUUAAUAGUUGCUUUGAAACUUACCAGAGUUUGUUUUGAACCAGGAUUCCUGCAUCAAAUGUAAUACUAAGCCUGAAAUACUUAGUAAAAAUGACACUAAACUCUGCUGAGAGAGUUUAUCCACAUAGCCCUAAACCAUGUUUUAGUUAUGCAAACAUGAGCAAAAGCUUUACCUCCAUGUUAGCAUUUCCCUCUUUGUUUAAAAGAAAGCAAUAUACCUAGGGUUCUAUUAAUCAGAUUAACACUGAGGACAGUGCAAAUUUCUUGGUGUUUACCUCAAAUGAUUUCUCUCUGUUUAAGUAAUUGACUCUUGUUGCUUUGGCAGAGUUUGAACUUUUUAUAAAGGGUUUGUGGGGGGUUUUUUUGGCAGAUGUUUGUUCCUAGAGGGGGGCAAGGAGGGAGUGCAAAAACGCCUCUUGCAGAAAUGCUCGUUUAUGUUGGCCUUGGUAUUCAUCAGAAAAGCAGCUGCUGGGAACUAUUGGGGUGUAACCUUUGGGCCUUGUUUGUGAACCUUUGGCAUUAUCUGGCUGGCUGUUAUUGAACACUGAAUGCUGAAUUAGAUGGACCUUUGGCUGGUCCUGCACGGCAAAUCUUACCUUCUUAAUGGAGGCCAAAGAAAGAUUUGCAUAUUAGUUAAGUGAUUCUCACAGAUAAAGAAAUGUGACAAAAAUCUCACUUGAGCAGCAUUUCAACGACUUGGCUUGUUUGCAGAGAUAAUUGUGCAUACAAAGACAGUCUUCUUUCUUCCAGUGACUAUAAAUUUCUUAAUUACUGCUGAUGUUGAGAGUGUGUGUUUUUGCUAAUUGAUAGUUAUCAAGAUUUUUUCAUGAUUUUGUUUUUCUGCUAUAGCUUGUACUCCGAAAAUGGUGUGAAUUGAUUCCUGGGGCAGAAUUCAGAUGCUUUGUGAAGGAAAACAAGCUUAUAGGUGAGGUUGUGAGUUAUGGCUCUUCUCUGCCGUUUUUAAGACUCACAUUUACGUGUUUUCACAGUGGGUGUCAUUCCUUUUUUAUGCAAGAAUAUAUGGUUUGAUCUGGCUACAAUUCCUGUUUUGUUGGUUGUUGCUGCUCCUAAUUGAUCAUAGUGAGAGUCACUUGAUACAUGAGCUGCUUUUCAAUAGACGUUGUAUUGCAGGUAGUUCACAACAAAGUAUUACAAUGAAACAAGCAAAGAUACAAAGAUACAGUUGUACCUUGGUUGAUGAAUGCCUUACGAGUCUUAACAUUUUGGCUCCCAAACGCCACAAACCCAGAAGUGAGUGUUCUGGUUUGCAAACGUUCUUUGGAACCCGAAUGUCCAACGCAGCUUCCGCAGCUUCCAAUUGGCUCCUGCAGCCAAUCGGAAGCCGUGCCUUGGUUUCCAAACAUUUUGGAAGUCGAAUGGACUUCUGGAACUGAUUAUGUUCGACUUCCAAGGUAUCACUGUACAUCACUUUCCGUAAUAUCAAAUAAUGGUAUAUGAUGCUAGUAGAAGAUGGUGACAGUUGUUUUAGUCCUGCAUUAUCUGAGCCAUAUGAAUAUGAGUUAUGUAUGUUUUUGUGUCUAUUAUUAGUGAGUAAAAGACAGAGAGUACUACCUUGUCAAGAGUGUUCAUAGAAUUGUAGAGUUGGAAAGGGACCACAAGCACCAUCUGGUCGACCCCCUGCUGUGCAGGAGUCUUGAACCCACAACCCUGAGAUUAAGAGUCUCCUGCUCUACUGACUGAGCUGUCCACUUUGAGACAUUCUGGUAGACUGACUCUAGUUCAGCUUUGCAGUUCAGGCUGUCUAGGAUAAAUAACAGUAAUUUCCAGGUGACUCAUGCAGCUGCUGUCCCAAAGAACUGAAUGUUGUCUCUCUGCAACAGGUGUAGCUCUUCAUUUCAUUUAAAUGAUUUCCUGGACUGGUUUAGAGCAAGUGCAGCACCCCAAUAUUUCUCAAGUAAAGAGAGAUUGUGUACAUCAGGGAUGGGGAGCCUGUGGCCCUCCAAAUGUUGGACCACCAGUUCCCAUGGGCCCCUGCUAGCAUGGGCAGUGGUCAGUAAUUAUAGGAGCCACAGUCCAACAACAACUCUUGGUUUGCGGGGAGUACAGGUUCCCCUUUCCUUGGCAACUGGCGAAAGUAAGGGGGACGCGGGUGGCGCUGUGGGUAAAACCUCAGCGCCUAGGACUUGCAGAUCGCAUGGUCGGCGGUUCGAAUCCCCGCGGCGGGGUGAGCUCCCGUCGUUCGGUCCCAGCUCCUGCCCACCUAGCAGUGCACCCUUAAGUGCAAGUAGAUAAAUAGGUACCGCUUAAGUGCAAGUAGAUAAAUAGGUACCGCUUUAUAGCGGGAAGGUAAACGGCGUUUCCGUGUGCUGCUCUGGUGCCGGUUCACCAGAGCAGCUUCGUCACGCUCGCCACGUGACCCGGAAGUCUCUGCGGACAGCGCUGGCUCCCGGCCUCUAGAGUGAGAUGAGCGCACAACCCUAGAGUCUGUCAAGACUGGCCCUUAUGGACAGGGGUACCUUUAUCUUUACCUUUAAGGGGGAAACAACUGGGCCAGACAGCUAGCCACUCCCUCCAGGGCAGUACUGUGACUGGCUUGUUGGGCUUAGUUAUGCAAGUCCUUGGUCCCAUCCGUGUCUCUGCAUCCUAACCAAGCCCAUGCAGCUGUUGUUAGGCUUGAAAUGAGCUCCUUGGAGAAAACGUGGGGCACAAAUAAUUCUGCAUUAGCACCACCAAUGAACACAACAAACCUGUUGUUUAGUUCAGUGCAUUUGAACUGUGGAGAUUUCUGCUGGGUGGGCUUUCACAGGUAGUGUCCCAGAAGAAACAUCACAGCAAGCGUAUUUCAGACAGCUUUGCUUUCUAGUUGAAUCAUACAUUAGCUAUGGAUGACUGAUGUAAUUCUCCUGACAGGUAUCUCUCAGCGAGACUACACUCAGUACUACGAGCACAUCUCAAAACAAAAAGAAGAGAUCUGUAGACUUACACAAGAGUUUUUCAAGAAACACAUCCAGUAUAAGUUUUUUGAUGAAGACUGUAAGUAUUCUUUGAGCUAACAUUAGAAAGGAACUGGUGCUUUUUUGCAGCUUAAAAGUUUUAUUUAAAGCUAGGAACACCUGUGGGGUGGAAGCAGAAUUCUACGUGCACCCAGAGGUAUCUUUUAAAGUUCCACCUGCAGUUGCUUUUUAUUCAAAUUUGGUUUGCUUCUUUUGCCAUGUGAGAAGUUUCCCAAGAAGCUCUGUAGACUUUGCUUGUUUCACAUUGUACAGGUUCUUCUCCCAUGUGCUCAUGCAGUUUGUCAGAGUGAAUUUUUUAAAAAAAACAACAUGAUUUUUAUUAACAGGCCAAUCAUAUCACAUUAUUUCAAUUCACAUUAGUUCCAAAUUAUACAGCCAAAUUUUUCAAUUUUGUUGGGGGUACCCAUACAUCAAGCUCCGAACGAGGAUCCGAACAUCACUUCUAUUACUGCUUUAAUUAAACAGUUCUAUCCAGUUCUAUCCAGAUAGUCUCUUUAUUACUUUCUUCAUCUUCUUAUUGUUGUCAUAUAUUCCUUUGUUUGCGAUCUCUGAUAAUCUUCACAAGCAGGUUAGAGCAAACAUCGUCUGUGUGGGUUUUACACACUCCACAAGUCAUAUCUCGGGACAGCCGCCGUUCCCCUCCUUCAAAGAUUUAUCUUCGGUCUGCCCUUUAGUUUCCCCAGGCUUGUAAAAUAUCUCAUAGAGGGCUCUGCCAGGUUAAAUUCAAGUUCAAUCAUCAUUCACAUUCCAAUGAGUCCUGGUUCUCCUCCCCCCGUCUUUCUUAAACAAGCCUGUCUUGCGAGACGCCAUUUUAAACUGUGUCAUAGAAUUUUCCAUUCUCCGAUAUUUACCAAUCCUCUCUUCAUUCAUCAUUAAUUCAUCCCACACAGUUUUUGAAUUCCUGCUUAUGAUAAAUAAAAUACGGCGGUUCUUCUUUCUUCUUUCUUUGGGGUGGAGGGUUAUUAUUAAUGCUCACAUAGGAUAAAGAAAAGAAAAGUUUUUUUCCUCCACCCCCCUUCUCCAAACAUACCGAUCUCUUAAUGGUGCUUCAUCGCUUGAUUUAUUUGUCCUCUCCCGCCGCUCUGAUCCCAGAGAUCCAUUAAUCAGCAGCCUUAUCUCUCGAACUUUGCUUGAUGUAUGUGCUUCAGCUUCUUUCCAAUUAUAUAUUUCCAAUUAUGUUUCCGAGCUAAAGCAAACCAGCACGCGCAGAUUGGAGACGGCGUCCGGGAAGAGCCGACUUCACCGAGGGCUGUGCCAAGUGACCGGCACCCCCUUCUCUCGAUUCCGGGGGUGCAUUAUGGCCACCGCUGGCAAGACUGUCCCCCCAUCUCCUUGGGGGGUCGGGAAGACUGCAUACUUCCCAUAGCAGCCUCUUAAUUACCUCGUGUGGGUCAGAGAGAUGUUAUUGUCGGCCAUCUUCCAAUGCGCCACCUGGUGGCCCCCGUCAGAGUGAAAUUUAUAGCCCUAGAUUAUUUUAUUCAGUUUAUAUGAGGUAAAGUUGUUUAAGGACAGAAGUGUUUCCGUCUUUCUUGAAUGGAGUUGUCUCAUUUGUUCUUCAGCUGUAAUGAAUGCUAUUUCAUUAAAUCCAAACUAAGGUUGAAAAAUUGAUACUCUUCACUAAAGAAAAGUAGUGAUAUUUUAAUCACUUAAUUUGGAAUUGAUUUUUGAAUUUAGAAAACUAUACAAGCGGAACCCUGUUAUGUAAGAGAAUGUGUGUACAGAAAUGCUAAUUUUAACCAUACAUUGGUGCAAAACAAGCCUCUCAAGGCAGCACACAUGUCAUAAAGGUAAAGGGACUCCUGACCGUUAGGUCCAGUUGCGAACGACUCUGGGGUUGCAGUGCUCAUCUCACUUUAAAGGCUGAGGGAGCCGGGGUUUGUCCGCUUCCACAGACAGUUUUUCCAGGUCAUGUGGCCAUCAUGACUAAACAGCUUCUGGAGAAACCAGAGCAGUGCACGGAAAUGCCGUUUACCUUCCCGCCGGAGCGGUACCUAUUUAUCUACUUGCACUUCGUGCUUUUGAACUGCUAGGUUGGCAGGAGCAGGGACUGAACAACAGGAGCUCACCCUGUUGCGGGGAUUCGAACCGCCGACCUUCUGAUCGGCAAGUCCUAGGCUCUGUGGUUUAACCCACAGCGCCACCCGCGUCCCUACACAUGUCAUAGGUAUCUGUAAAAUACAUAAAUCCUUUUUAAGCAACCAUACUAUAAAAAUACAGGGAAAAUAAACCACACUCAAUCCAGCGUGGUUUGUUGGUUGGUUAAGUUGAGGGAGGCUGUUCUACAUAGUAGUGUUUGCAACAAGUAAUAAUCUUUACUUUCAAUCACUAAAGCUGUGGGAGAUGAUGAGAAUUGCAUUCCAAUAUGUCUAAACAGGAGGUUCUAAGAGAACCUCUGGCUGCCUUGACUGACCUUUAAAACAUCCAGAGUUAUUGGACUAGGCAAGCACAACAGUUUACAAAGAGUUGUAAUUUCAUGGGCUACGCAAGAGAGCGUGGUCUGACUUCAGUCACUUAGACUUUUUCAGAUAUCCAAAAAAAUUGACUACACGACUCCCUGUUUUGGGAACAAAAUUCCUUGAUAAUGCUUCAGAGGAAAUACUUGGAGGGUCAAGAAUGGCCAAUGCCCUGAAGCAGUUUCCUGUGCUGAGCUACCCUGCUUUGACAAAGAAUGAAAGGAAGCCCUUUACUUAUGUAGCAAAUGUGUCAGUAACCAGAUGAUCAUAAGUUCACAUGGGCUACUACUACAGAGAAAUUUACGCCUUCCCAAAUCCAGCUGAGCACAGUGUGUUUGAGCACUCACAGCCUAAGCCCAUUUAACUCCCACUGAUUUCAAUGGGUUUUACUCUCAGUUAAGUCCGCGUAGUGUUGCAGCCUUAAGAGUUAUGCAGACGCUACUGGGAAGUCCCAUUUGAGUUAUUUCCCUUAAACCUCCGUAACUAAUAAGAAUCUUAUCACCCAUAAAUCUGCCUAAAACUUUCCAGACUCAUCUGAAUCCUUUUUCAGGUGUUAUGUUCUUGAUCAAAGCAAACACUUAAGGCAGGCGAGGAGGGUUGGUCCUGGGGAUGAGUGCACUAGCUCUGCCCCAUGUUGGCAUUCCAACUGCUUUCCCACUUCUAGAAGCCAAAGACCUGAAGGUUGUCAAAGCUCCCCAAACAUUUUUUGAACCCUGGAAAACCAGGCUUUUAAACUGCCUAGGGAGCCUCCAUGAAACUCGCCUUCCAUGAUGGUGAGGAAUGAAGUGAAUGUUCCCCUCCCACUGCCUUCUCUCAUUUACCUUGACCUGGAAUGCAAUGUCUGAAGACCCCUUAAACCAGUGUCUUUCAUCACAUCUUUUGGUAGUGAAUAUCAUCAUUUAAUUUAUGCGCUAGUUAAGUGGAAAGUACUGAAUCUCCUGCCAAUCAACUUAAUUGCUGAUUCUUUCCCCCUCGAGUGUUAAUAAGAGAUUGAAAAAUACUUUUCUCUCCACUCACACAAAGUCUUUUCAGGUUUUUUCAACCCCUGUCAUGUCCCCCUUUGGUCAUUUGUCUCUCUCUCUCUUCAUAAUUAAAAAGCCCAACACCCUUCUGCUCUUCCUUAUAGGGAACGUGUUCCUGCUUCUUGAUCACUUUGCUUGCCUGUUUCUGUACCCUUUUCAGUUCUGUAAUAUUUGGUUUUGCCAUGGAGUGACUAGAACUGUCUAUGCUUACUUAAUAAUUCAAAUACAGUCACACCAUGGAUCUAAACAAAAAGUCAUGCCACAUGGUGAUGACCACUAGCCUAGUUAGAUGAGUUCAAGCAGAAAUUUCAUCGCUGAUGGCAGACCUAUCUCUUUCAUGAACCGAUCAGCCAUGACAGCCUUAUCUACCCAAUUAUUGGUAUGCAUCAUUUCCUCAGAGCAGCUCUCAAAUGAGCAGCAGCUAAGUACAGAAAUUCAAAAAACAUAAGAAUACUUGCAAAUUACCUUAUUAAUAAGUAAAUAAACAUAAUAAACUAGCAAUUCAUGCUACUUUGAAUAAAACAACACCAGUAAACUGGCUUAAUCCAGCAGUUUAGAAGAGGUAGUUGACCUUUUUGGUAGUAGGUACGGCCACACUCUUCUCCGUGCAUUCUCAUGCGCACAUGCAGGCAUGCAGCCCCCUCGCUCCACGGCUCUUCUGUGCAAAUCAGUGUGAGUGUCAAUCUGUAUCCCCAUCAGGGCGCAAGAGUAGAUAUAAAUAUUUAAAUCCAUCCCAGCAUUGUGAAUACUUAUUCCCCCAACCCCCAUUUUGUGCUGCCACUGCCAAAAUUGGAGGGGUCUUGGGGUGAGCAGAAAAAAAUAAUUGGGAGGCCAAAUGAGACCUCCUAGCCAGGUUUUAGCCUCCUGUGGCUUAAAGCUAAACAGGAGGAAGAAUAAAACCUCACACACCAUUACAUGUACAUGGCCAGAUAAAUCUGCAUUUCGCAAAGGCGUCAUGGGGUUCUCCACAGUUUGCCAAUGUACGUUGACAGGCAGCCGCACCUCUCGCUUGUGGUAGCAGCUUUUUCCAGGCUUAUAGGGGUGGAGCAAGAUAGGCAGAGCUAUUUUCUCUCUGUCAACAACCUCUAUGUGAAGUAGCAGAGUAUUUGUGAGCAGCAGCUGCUGGGGAGAAAUUGGGAAUGGCUGAUACUCGCAAGCCCUGCUUAGGACAUUCCAAGGCAUCUGGUGCCACAGUGAGAAUUGCUAGACGAGAUGGAUCUUGGUUUGAUCCAGCAGGGCAGUUCUUAUGCUUGCAGAAUGCAAGUUGUUUUUAUUAGUGUAAAAUGUGAGUAAGCUCACAGUCGUUUGUGUAGACCACUGAGGAGGGUCUGAACUUCUUAAAAAGUCUUGCGGCUCCAUCUUGCAUCACUCAGCAGGGCUCUCUACUUUGCCACUGCAGUAGCAGGAGAAGCCCCAGGCGACAAGGGACCCUGGCAAAGCAAUCCAGCAGAGUAGCUGCCACAAUAUCUACAGGCCCAUCACUCAUGCAGACCUGGGCAGCCUCGGUCCCUCCUACAGAAGGCCCUGUUUGGGGGCUUUCCAGGGACUGCUGCUAGAGAGGAGCUCAUCAAGGGCAGGAGCCAGGCGUUUCAUGGCAGUGGAGUGAUGUCACUCGGCAGGUGGAGACCAUUUGGGGCUGGAUGACAAGAGAGGUCUGCCUCGUACAAGCUCCCCAUUCCCACGCGUGCUGGAUUGGGGGUUUGGAUUGUGCUCUCAGUUGUCCUAGUUUUCUGGGAAGGAUGAAGUUCAUGGGAAGAGGCGGAGUGUGCCCUCCUCCUGCUUGGCCCAACACAUCUCACUUACCCUUUCACAGCACCGGAAGAACCCAUGUUUGUUUCAGUGUAACAUAAUAAGAGCACCUUCAGUUCUAAGAAGGCCUAAAAGCAAAAAAUUUGAAGUGGUUUUCAGGUUUUGCUUAGUAAACCUAUUAAUCUUGCCUCUUCUCUUCUCUUCUCCUCUCUUCUCUUCUCUUUCCCUCCCCUCCCCUCCCCUUUUCUUUUUCCUUCUUUAAUCUUUCUAGUUGUGUUUGACAUCUACAGGGACAGCAUGGUAAGUCAACUCUUUGGUUUGUAAUGCUUUAAGAGCUGUUCAGUAAGAGCUGUUUGACAGUGGAAUUUGCUGCCAAGGAGUGUGGUGGAGUCUCCUUCUUUUGAGGUCUUUAAGCAGAGGCUUGACAACCAUAUGUCAGGAGUGCUCUGAUGGUGUUUCCUGCUUGGCAGGGGGUUGGACUCGAUGGCCCUUGUGGUCUCUUCCAACUCUGUGAUUCUAUGAUUAUUUUUAUUCUGUGUAAGUUUUUGACUAUGGUCUCCUUGGCAAAGCAGUAUUUUAUUCUGCUUUUCAAAAAAAAAAAAGUGAUAGUGUACAGUAAUAAAACAGUUGCCAUGAUCUUAUGCAGGGUACCCAUCAAUAAGCAUGAAUGGUACAUAUCCAAGUGUGCUUCAGGCACACUGGUUCUGUGAGUUCCCAGUGGGAUUUUUCAUUUUUUCUUGAAACAAUCAAUAUUGUAGAAUUUUGGGUAUUUAUCUUAAGCAGAAACCUGGUUCCAGUCACCACUGAAUUGGAGUGAUUUUGCAGUCUUUAAUACCAUUACCGCCUGGAAAUGUGGGUUUUCAACAUAUGAAUGUAGAAAUUGCAGUUUGUGUUGCUGCAAGGGAAUGAAUGGCUGUUUGUUAAAUUCUAAAACACAAGCUCUACUUCAUCCUUCUCUGUAAUACCUUGUUAAGAUUUGCUGGUGCCCUAUUUGGGGAUGGAGACAAUAUUGGCAGGUCUGCAUAAUCAUAGUCAGCCAUUCUAUCCUGCACUUCAACUGUUCCAAGCAAAUCUACUACGGCAUUGAAAGCCCUCCUGGCUCAUACCUGCCAGAACGGAAGAUGGGGCAGGCAAAUUUUUCUUUAUUUUUUGAUAUGCCAGCUCCAGUCUGGUAUAGGUGAUGGGUCCAAUCCCUCUUACAGGAUCUACACCACUGGCACCUGCCUCUGUCUCAAAGCACCACAGGGGACUGCUAGCAGUGGUUCUUUACUCGUGGGACGAUGCUGGAGCCUUUGCUGCAGCGGCUAAAAAGUUCACAUUUCACAUUAACCAUGGAUUUUGGUGGACCAGUUUUCUAUCAGCAUGGGAUCUAUAAUGCUGACUUGCUAUAUAAUUAAAUGUGGUCAAAUUCUACAUGUUGUAUAUGUCUGUAAUGGCAGGGCAAGUCCAUCUUCUAUGGAAGUGGGCAGUGGCUUCUUUCUCAUGCUUAAAAUCAAUAUGGCAUUAAGUAAUGUGUGAUGUAUUUAUGUAAAACAAAAUAGUAUCUGUAUCUGUUACAUGGAUAUACCUUGGGAGUGUGAGAAUUGUCAUUUGCUCAGAGAGCCUGUCUUCUGAGAGUCACACUUGCGGUUUCACAAUGCUGGAAGCUGCCCAGUAAUUAAGUGUUCUGAGCAGUAGGUUAGGACCUUACUGGAUCCAAUGGCAAAAUAGAAGGAUAAGCAUGAUAUAUGAAACAGCCUAAUGUGCAAAACACAUGGUAUGGCUUUGGGGGCCUUUUUAAAAAUAAAAUAUUGUCAACUGCAUCUCCAGACUAUUAAUGGCUACUAGUCAUGAUCGCUGAGCUGCUUCCAGGAUCAUGGCUCUGCAGGGGACAGCAGCAGGAGAGGCCUAUGGUCCUCAUGUCAUGUUUGUGCUUCAUGUGAAAAUCUGGUUGGCUACUGGAGGGAAACAGGAUGCUGAGCUAGAUAAAUGUUUUGGUAAGCCUGGCUCUCUAAAGCAGGCAUAGGCAAACUCGGCCCUCCAGAUGUUUUGGGACUACAGAUGACACCAAACUGGGAGGGGUGGCUAACACCCCAGAGGACAGGAUCACACUUCAAAAUGACCUUGACAGAUUAGAGAACUGGGCCAAAACAAACAAGAUGAAUUUUAACAGGGAGAAAUGUAAAGUAUUGCACUUGGGCAAAAAAAAUGAGAGGCACAAAUACAAGAUGGGUGACACCUGGCUUGAGAGCAGAAUGCCCGACCUGAAGAAUUUGGAGCAAAUGAUUCAGCAGAGGAAACACAGCCCAGAAUAACUAAGGAGAUAGUACAAGAAUACUUGGCUAGUUUAGAUGUAUUCAAGUCUCCAGGGCCAGAUGAACUGCAUCCAAGAGUAUUAAAAGAACUGGCAGAUGUGAUCUCAGAACCACUGACAGUCAUCUUUGAGAAUUCCUGGAGAACAGGCGAAGUCCCGGCAGACUGGAGGAGGGCAAAUGUGGCCCCUAUUUUCAAAAAGGGGAAAAGAGAGGACCCAAAUAAUUACCGCCCAGUCAGUCUGACAUCAAUACCAGGGAAGAUUCUGGAGCAGAUCAUUAAGCAAACUGUCUGUGAGCACCUAGAAAGGAAUGCUGUGAUCACCAAUAGUCAGCAUGGAUUUCUGAAAAAUAAGUCAUGUCAGACUAACCUGAUCUCGUUUUUGACAGAAUUACAAGCCUGGUAGAUGAAGGGAACGCAGUGGAUGUAGCCUACCUUGAUUUCAGCAAGGCAUUUGACAAGGUGCCCCAUGAUAUUCUUGUAAAGAAGCUGGUAAAAUGCAGUCUUGACUAUGCUACCACUCAGUGGAUUUGUAACUGGCUGACUGACCGAACCCAAAGGGUGCUCAUCAAUGGUUCCUCUUCAUCCUGGAGAAGAGUGACUAGUGGGGUGCCACAGGGUUCUGUCUUGGGCCCGGUCUUAUUCAACAUCUUUAUCAACGACUUGGAUGAUGGACUCAAGGGCAUCCUGAUCAAAUUUGCAGAUGACACCAAACUGGGAGGGGUGGCUAACACCCCAGAGGACAGGAUCACACUUCAAAACGACCUUGACAGAUUAGAGAACUGGGCCAAAACAAACAAGAUGAAUUUUAACAGGGAGAAAUGUAAAGUAUUGCACUUGGGCAAAAAAAUUGAGAGGCACAAAUACAAGAUGGGGGACACCUGGCUUGAGAGCAGUACAUGUGAAAAGGAUCUAGGAGUCUUGGUUGACCACAAACUUGACAUGAGCCAACAGUGUGACGCGGCAGCUAAAAAGCCAAUGCAAUUCUGGGCUGCAUCAAUAGGAGUAUAGCAUCUAGAUCAAGGGAAGUAAUAGUGCCACUGUAUUCUGCCCUGGUCAGACCUCACCUGGAGUACUGUGUCCAGUUCUGGGCACCACAGUUCAAGAAGGACACUGACAAACUGGAACGUGUCCAGAGGAGGGCAACCAAAAUGGUCAAAGGCCUGGAAACGAUGCCUUAUGAGGAACGGCUAAGGGAGCUGGGCAUGUUUAGCCUGGAGAAGAGGAGGUUAAGGGGUGAUAUGAUAGCCAUGUUCAAAUAUAUAAAAGGAUGUCACAUAGAGGAGGGAGAAAGGUUGUUUUCUGCUGCUCCAGAGAAGCGGACACGGAGCAAUGGAUCCAAACUACAAGAAAGAAGAUUCCACCUAAACAUUAGGAAGAACUUCCUGACAGUAAGAGCUGUUCGACAGUGGAAUUUGCUGCCAAGGAGUGUGGUGGAGUCUCCUUCUUUGGAGGUCUUUAAGCAGAGGCUUGACAGCCAUAUGUCAGGAGUGCUCUGAUGGUGUUUCCUGCUUGUCAGGGGGUUGGACUCGAUGGCCCUUGUGGUCUCUUCCAACUCUAUGAUUCUAUGAUUCUAUGAACUCCCAUCAUCCCUAGCUAACAGGACCAGUGGUCAGGGAUGAUGGGAGUUGUAGUACCAAAACAACUGGAGGGCCGAGUUUGCCUAUGCCUGUUCUAAAGUGUGUGCGUGCUUGUUUCUGUUUGUGUCUCUGUGUUUGUCCAGGACAGGGGUCCCCAAACUUUUUAAACGGGGCCGGUUCACUGUCCCUCAGACACUGUUGUGGGCUGGACUAUAAUUUGAAAAAAAUAUGAAUGAAUUCCUAUGCACACUGCACAUUUUAUUUGUAGUGCACAAAAAAACAGGAAAAACAAUACAAUAUUUAAAAUGAAGAACGAUUUUAAUCAACAUAAACUUAUAAGUAUUUCAAUGGGAAGUAUGGGCCUGCUUUUGGCUAAUGAGAUGGUCAAUAUCGCUAAUCCUCGUCCCUACCACCCAAUCUACACAUGGAUCUCCCUCACCCCCGUGGCCCAGUCUACAUGCAGGCCUUCCAUGCCCCCAUCCCCACAACCCAGCUGGUACACGUCUCCCUAACCCCCAUCCACGACCCCCAGCUUGCACGCCUGUCCUCCAACCCCAAAUCCCCAUGCGCUAGCCUGCCCGCGCACUUUUCCCUACCCCCGAUCCCCAUGGUGCAGCCUGUCUGCGUGUUGCCCAUCCUCAUGACUCACUGCGGGGGCAAAUGCAGGGCCACCCCUCCUCUGGAAGGCACAGUCGACAAAGACAGCAUUCUUGCCCAUGCAGAAUAUAUUUGCACCAUCGGCAUGUGCAGAGGAACAAGGCGAGCUUGCAGAGAGGCAGCACCUCCUUGGAUUGGCUGGAUCUGACCAUCACUGCCUUGCCCGCGCACGCCUCCCCCUCACUUCCUUUCCAGGGCAUGGCCACCUGUCCUAUAGCAUGGGAAUGCAGCUGACUGCAAAAGGAUUCCCCCGCCCCGCCCGUUCUCCCUUGAAUCUCCCCCACCUCACCCCCCCGCUUCCUGACCUGCUUUUCUGGCGAUUGGGGGUCCUAGGCAAGGCAGCAAGGCAAUUGGAGGUGGGCCCACUCCUCACUGAGCAAGUCUACUGACCCCUUCCCUCUGCUUGUUGCUUUCCGCCCUUGCCUGGCCCCCUUCGCAGCGUCCACAAGCAGGCUGGACAAUUAGGUGUUAGUGGGUGGGGAAGUCUUUAAGGCAGCCGGAGGUGAAACAGAAUGGGAUCGUGUCCAUUUCAGCUCCCCGAGAGCUCAGUCUCUUGCUGGCGCUGCACAGCACCCACCCCUGCCCGCCCAUCUUCCCAGCCUGGGCUGUUGAUCCGUGUCAGGUCAGAUCCACUUUGCAGAUGGCUUGAGCUCAGUUCAGUUUGCCCAGACUUGAUCCUUCUCCUCCUCCUCCUUCCUUCCCCAAGAAUCCUGGUGCGGAAAGGAAAGGAAAAGGAGGGCACUGAAAAUCCAGCAUCUUCCAAAUAAGUCACCCUUAUCUGCUUGUGCGUUACCAGGGGAGCCUUUUUGGAGACAUGCUGGAUCAAGGAGAAAUUCCUUGCGCUGGGGAGCCAUAUUUGCUGCUUGGCACGGCUUAGCCGGCUGGGUUCUUGUGAUGAUGGCAGCGUCGCCCCCCGUCCAGAGGCGUCCGUGGCUUUGGAUUGGCAGCAGGAGUUUCCUGCUACCAAUGUGAAGCCGCAGCAGCAUUGCGGAAGUCAGUCCCUUUGUGGCGAGGCGCCACGGCUUCUUCUCAAGGAAACACCGUGCCGAUUUAGCUCAGUGCGUGGGGAAUGACCAAGCGGGCGGCAGGCCGGAAUAAUGAGCCUGGUGGGCCAGACCCGGCCCGCAGCCCAGAGUUUGAAGAUGCCUGGUCAAGUACAUUGUAUACUCCUUUUCCCUCCCUCCCUCCAGUUUUCAUCAUCUCCUUUCUCUUUACAGCUUUUCUGGGUAGGUGGUAAGGGAACAGUGUUUGGGGGGCGUCUUGAAACGGAAGUGUCUUGAGAAUUGUUCAUAAAACACCACAGUUGUUCUUCAUUAGUUAAGAAGGCUCCUUGCUGGAUCCAGCCAAAGGCCCAUGCGCUCCAGAAUCCUGUUCUCACACUAACCAACCAGAGGUCUAUGAGAAGCCACAAGCAAGGCCUUAUCCUCCAUGAAUUUCUAAUUUAAUUUUGUUGAAGUACCAAUUGAUAAAACGAUUGAAAGAAGUAUCAAAAACAGAGAAACAUGCAGGUUUGAACCAAUGCACGGCGGCAGUUAAUGCCUGUCACUUUUUAAACAGAAUCAAAUGGGUCAAGUGUAAGAGGGCUGUAUAUGCAGUUCUGGCCACAUAUAUUGAAAGCUGUAUUAUGCCACUUUAACAGUCAUGGCUUCCCCCAAAGAAUCUUGGGAACUGUAGUUUCUUAUGGGUGCUAAGAGUUAUUAGGAGAGCCCUAUUCCCCUCACAGAGCUAUAUUGCUCGAAGCUCCCUGGCAAGAGGGAUUGAUGGUGAAACCACUUUCAGCACCUUUAACCAACCCCUUUUUUGUGGAAAGCCAUGGCAUUUUAAAAGUGAUAAAAUAGAUGUGUCUUUCAAGCUUAUACCAAGCACUUUCACUGAUAGAUAUCCAACUCUGGUACUCUGGCUUUCCUCAGAGCAGCCGAUGGCUGAUCUACCGCUGAGCCUGUUCCACCAAGAUUAGUGGAUUUGCAAGCAACUAUAUUUAGGUUUGGGCUAUAAAUGUCUGCAGUGAACCUGGGCAUGACAAACGGGCUCUGUGGGCACAAUGGAGCUUUUGGAGAAGCAUUUCAGCUAUGUGAAUGUUUGAAAAAAGAUGUUUGUGCAGAUUGAUUAUUAAACCUUAAAAGUUGUUAUAGAAAUGAAUCUCUAGUGGAAGGUUUUCCUCUAGCAGGAAUAAUCUUGAAUAGUAGUCAAAAAAGUGUGGCUAUUAACAACAUUGUGAUGUCAAAAAUAGACAGAAAAAUGUGCUUAACUGCCUAGAAUUUAUUGGAGCGAUCAUAUUUACUUGUACUUUCUUUAUUCAUUACUGGGUUGUGGAAACCUGCAAUUGAGCAGCAUUAUCUUCUGAGUCUGCUGCUGCAGAGCAAAGGUGUUUGGUGGCUCAUAUUGCUAGAUGAUGAUGAUAAAAAUAAAAAUAUAAUUUAUCUUCCUCAGCCACUCUGGGCGGCUCCCAACAGAAAAUAAAAAACACAAUAAAACAUCAAACAUUAAAAACUUCCCUAAACAGGGUUGCCUUCAGAUGUUUUCUAAAAGUCAGAUAGUUGUUUAUUUCCUUGACAUCUGAUGGGAGGGCGUUCCACAGGGUGGGCGCCACUACCAAGAAGGCCCUCUGCCUGGUUCUCUGUAACCUCACUUCUCGCAGGGAGGGAACCGCCAGAAGACCCUCAGAGCUGGAUCUCAAUGUCCGGGCUGAACGAUGGGGGUGGAGACACCCCUUCAGGUAUACUGGGCUGAGGCCAUUUAGGGUUUUAAAGGUCAGCACCAAAACUUUGAAUUGUGCUCGGAAACGUACUGGGAGCCAAUGUUGGUUUUCAGGACCGGUGUUAUAUGGUCUCGGUGGCCACUCCCAGUUACAAGUCUAGCUGCAGCAUUCUGGAUUAGUGGUGGUUUCUGGGUCACCUUCAAAGGUGGCCCCACGUAGAGCACAUUGCAGUAGUCCAAGCAGGAGAUAACUAGAGCAUUCACCACUCUGGCGAGACAGUCUGUGGGCACGUAAGCCUGCGUACUGGACGGAGCUGGUAGACACAGAAUUGACAUGUGCCUCCAUUGACAGCUGUGAGUCCAAAAUGACUUCUGGGCUGUGCACCUGGUCCUUCAAGGGUACAGUUACCCCAUUAAGGACCAGGGACUCCUCCACACCUGCCCACCCCAUCUCCCGAAAACAGGACUUCUAUCUUGUCAGGAUUCAACCUCAAUCUGUUAGCCGUCAUCUAUUCUCCAACCUCCUCCAGACACUCACUCAGGACCUUCAGAGCCUUCACUGCUUCUGAUUUAAAUGAGAGGUUGAGCUGGGUAUCAUCCGCAUACUGAUGAACUUUCAGCCCAACCCCCCCCUCUUUCAGUGGGUCUGGGAAGGCUCCCUCACAGAGGGAUGCAUUCACCACCCCACAGAGUCCAUCACCCAGUACUUCCCAGCUUGCUUUUAUGAGCCAGGAUGGGCAAGGAUCAAGGAGACAGGUGGUUGGUUUCACUCGUCCAAGCAGCCUGUCCACAUCCUCAGAGGUAACAGAUUGGAAUUGAUCCCAUGCAACUUGACUAGACAGGACUCUAGCACUCUCCCGCCCUCGCCCUCCAGGAGAACAUCUGCCAUGACCUGAAGCAGCUUGGCCAGGGAAUCCUUGGUGCAGCGUGGAGGUUGGUACACCAAAAGGAAUCCUGUACUGCCCCUAUUGCCCAACUUCCAGAACAUGCACUAAAAAAACUGGGUCUUCCCAAUAAGGACUGACAAAUCCCGGAACCAGGAGGAAGGGACGUUGGAUAAAGAUUGGACUUGUCUAUAUCUUUCUCUUUUUUUUUCUUUAUUAUUAGAAUGUUUUAUAAAGUUGAUGAAUGAUAGAAAAAUGUUGGAAGAAAUUACCUGGCUUUAGUAAAGAUGCAUAAAGAAUUAUGAAAGAAUAUUAUGAUCACAAGAAGCUGGUAAGGUUAAGACUUAAGUUUUAAACUUUAAGGUUUAUUUUAUUAUAGAAAGAUAGGAUUAAAUUAGUCGAGGGUAAUGUAAUGAUAGAAUUUUAUGAAACAUGGAAAGGAAAGGAUUUGCUGGGAUAAUUAAUAAUUAGAAUACAAAGGAAGGGAGGAGGAGGAGGUCUAAUAAAGAAGACAAUGACAGUUAAGGAUCUGAAAAUAAAUGAACUUGUUUUGUUUUUUCUUUAUUCUUUUUUCUGUAUUUUCUAUUUUUUUGUAUUUUUACUUUUUGUAUUUUUACUUUCUGUAUUUUUACUUUUUGUUUUUGUGUAAUUUUUGUAUCCUUUGAAAUUUUAAUAAAUAUUAUUAAAAAAAAACAAAAAAACUGGGUCUUCCCAAUAGGAUGCCUGGUGUAAGCUAAUGACUUCCUAAAAAUCACUGCAAACCCCCCUCCCCACCCACAUGACCUGUGCAAAAGAGAAACCUGGUGGACAAGCAGCGGCAAGAACAGGCCCAUCUGCUUCAUUCAACCAAAUCUCUGUUACACAUGUCAUGUCAAGUCCUCCAUCCACGAUAAAGUCAUGUAUGGCAGUGGUCUUGUGAAUCAUUGAUGUGGCAUUGCACAGCAGCACCUUCAGGUCAUGUGGGUCUCCCUUGCUGAUUCCAAUAUCCUUCUGGUCAAGACCAGACCCGGAGGCAGGGAUAGUCCUCCAAUAACGACUAAACCUGCCUCCUCGGUAAUGACAUGGUCUGGUCCUGGCGUAACUCCUCUUAUUCAUGAUCACUGAAAUCAGGUGUCCCAGUGCAUCCCACCCCACGUGGAACCUGCCCCAGUCAUUCUGUUGGCUGGGGCCCACUUCCAGGCAGCCCUGACCCUCUCCCUUCAAGAACCAAAUUUGUUGAUGUUGUUUAGUCACGUCCGACUCUUCGUGAUCCCCUGGACCAGAGCACGCCAGGCCUUCCUGUCUUCCACUGCUUCCCGCAGUUUGGUCAAACUCAUGUUCGUACCUUCGAGAACACUGUCCAACCAUCUGGUCCUCGUCCCCUUCUCCUUGUGCCCUCAAUCUUUCCCAACAUCAGGGUCUUUUCCUUCUUUUUUAAAAAAAUAUUUUUUAUUAAAUUUUCCAUUUUAACAAUCCAAUCAAAUCACAUUAAGUAUUCCAAAUUAUACAAAUACAUAUCAUAUAGUCCAAAUAUUCUGCCAAAUUAUAAUUUUUUGGGGGGGCUUCCCAUGCUUCAAGUUCAGUGGGGUACUAAUCCUCUUAUGUUUCUACUGCCUUGAGUUUCCAAUAGUUCCUUCUUCAAAUCUUCCUGUUGUUAUCCUUCCUUCCCAACAUCAGGGUCUUUUCCAGGGACCAAAUACAAACUAUAUAAAACGAUAGAAACUAAUUUAAAAAAACAACAAAAAAAACCACAAUUCACAGUUAUACUGAAAAUUAAACUAAUCCCCAGCCCCAACUAAUCAUUUAAUUCACCCCCAACAUAGCAAAAACCAGACCAUAAAACUGUAAUUUAAAAUGCCACAAAUUAAAAACUAUUUAAAAACAUUUUAAAACAUUUUUGACAUUUGCCUCAACCCCAGAGUUCAUAGAAUCAUAGAGUUGGAAGAGACCACAAGGGUCAUCGAGUCCAACCCCCUGUCAAGCAGGAAACACCAUCAGAGCACUCCUGACAUAUGGUUGUCAAGCCUCUGCUUAAAGACCUCCAAAGAAGGAGACUCCACCACACUCCUUGGCAGCAAAUUGUUCCAGUGAGUCUGGGCUGUUCAGCACUCUCAGCCGGGCAGUCUUGCUGAACCUUGUUUGUUUGUUCUGAAGUAUUGACAACCGUUCAAGGCCACCAAAGGAAUGUUCCAAAGGAAGGUACGGAUAGGAAUUGGAGAAACAUUGUGGUUGAAACUGUAGAACUUCCUUGUCCAUUCAACAUCUCUGUAAGUGAUCUUUGAUACUGGAGCUUCCAUCUGCCUGAGUAGACGGUCAUAACUGUGCACGGACUGAUGCUAUUUUGUGUGGCUUCCGCCCCUUAGAAUCCUGAGCAUCCCAGUUUUCAUUUAAAAGAAAGAAAUCUGUUGUGGCAGCAGAGAUAAGUUGAAAUGAUGUGUGCUGGCAAAACUUUGGCAUAGUCAUGAACACUGGGAAGAGUGGCCUGCCUACCCACCUUCUAAAUGAUGUAGAAAUCUUCCUGCCAAAGCCUCUCAAAUGGUUUAGACGGGCAAACUGCAUACAGCUGUUUUAACACUUUGCACUUCAUCAAGCUGAAGACGGAGACCUUUCACACCAAAGGGUCAAAAUUUGCUAGCCGCUGAUUCUUUUUGUGACCAAAUUGGUUUUAUCUUUUCUUUAAAUUGUUUUUAUUAAGGAUUUUCUUGGGUUACAAUAGUACGAACAUUGUCUCUACUUUCAUAUCAUAAAGUCCUUUCUAUUGAUCAGUUAUGUUUGAUGUGAGACUUUAAUGUUGUAUACAGUAUAAGGCGAGGGGGGGAGAGCGGAGGGAGAAGCAGGCAGUAGUCUGCAUGGUGAAAGUGUGAGGUUUUUGUGUCAGCAUCACAUGGGUAGGCUUUCUUUCUAUUCAUGUAUUUGUUUUCUUUGGCGUAAGAGAGGUUGGGGCCUGUGAUUGCUUGCUUUCAGCUGACAGCAGUGAGAUUUGUUUGCAUGUGUGAGGGGCAGGAGGAGUUGUGUCAAGGUAGCCAUGUCAAUCUGUAUGGCUGUAUGGUGGGUUGUUGUCUUGUUGGGCUGUGUAUGUAAUAAAGGAGAGCCACAUCCUCUUUUAUUUGUCCUCAUGUUAGUUUCAGUUUGUGGGUUAGCUUUAUCUUGUUUUACCAGUACAACAGGGAUCCAAAAUGUGGACUUUGCCUGAUUUAUUUAAGUGACAGCACCCUUUCACGUCUAGUACAUGCAUGCAUGGAAAGACUGCAAAAGACAGUGGCUUGCCGUUUUGUGAUAUAGGCAAGAAUUGUCUUGCUAGAUCAGGCUGAAGCCACAAUAUUCCGCCUCCAGCAGCGUCCAGUCAGAUACUUUAAGAACAGGGGCAGCCAGGCUAGUGCCCUCGGGAUUUUGUGGCCUGCAGCUCCCAUUCGCCUCUGCCAGCAUGCUAAAUGGUCAGUCAUGAUAGGAGUUGAAGUCCACAACAUUUGGAAGGCAUCCCUAUGGAAGUUCUCUUAAUAAGCCUGCCUCACAGGUAGCAGCCACCCCUCAUUGUUUGGUAUUAGCACCUGCUAUCCAGAUGCUAUUUAGCUGUCAUGGCUCAUAGACACCAAUAGGUCAACCCUCCAUAAGUCAACCUCCACAUAUGUUUUAAUUGUUAAUGUGUGGUUUCCUGACCUCCUCAACCAGCCUUGCUUCCACCCCACCAGAUCAGAUAGCCAUUGUGUUAAUGAACUGAACCCCACAUGAAAAUUAGCGAAAGCAUGUGGGUCAACAUUCCAUUUAAAAGGCUUUUUUUAUGUUGUCCUAUAUAAAUAGAUUUAUGUUUUGCUUCUGCCAUUUUUCUUCUGCAGGGUAGAGUGUGGUUAAUUGAUUUUAAUCCAUUUGGCGAGGUAACAGAUUCUCUACUAUUUAUGUGGGAGGAGCUGAGGUCUGGAAAUGGUUUGAAAGAUGACGAGAGUGAAGGUGGAGCCAUGGAACAGGUAACAGAUGGGGGGGGGACACAUGGAAUGUGACUGGAACUAUAAUUAAGCAGGUCUUCCUGGCUUCUGUAUAUGUACCUGGAUGCAAGGAUUCAUUAUGCUGUGUUCAUAAACCUGUGGAAGAUAUUGUGUCUUGUUUAAAUGAAUACAUGGACUUUCCAUUGAUUUUGAACUGCAGAGAUAAUAAGUGCUACUGGGCAGAGUCUGUUUUCUGUUCAUAGGUUUGCUUUCCAAAGCGAUUCAUCUGUCCGCAAGCAUCCUCUGGCAGGGCCAUCUUGCUGCAUUACCAGUUCCAGGUGUAUCUGCUGAUGGGACUGUUUUUGUUGUUGUUUAGUCGUUUAGUUGUGUCCGACUCUUCGUGACCCCAUGGACCAGAGCACGCCAGGCCCUCCUGUCUUCCACUGCCUCCCGCAGUUUGGUCAAACUCAUGCUGGUAGCUUUGAGAACAUUGUCCAACCAUCUCGUCCUCUGUCAUCCCCUUCUCCUUGCGCCCUCCAUCUUUCCCAACAUCAGGGUCUUUUCCAGGGAGUCUUCUCUUCUCAUGAGGUGGCCAAAGUAUUGGAGCCUCAGCUUCAGGAUCUGUCCUUCCAGUGAGCACUCAGGGCUGAUUUCCUUCAGAAUGGAUAGAUCUUCUUGCAGUCCAUGGGACUCUCAAGAGUCUCCUCCAGCACCAUAAUUCAAAAGCAUCAAUUCUUCAGCAAUCAGCCUUCUUUAUGGUCCAGCUCUCACUUCCAUACAUCACUACUGGGAAAACCAGAGCUUUUACUAUACGGACCUUUGUUGGCAAGGUGAUGUCUCUGCUUUUUAAGAUGCUGUCUAGGUUUGUCAUUGCUUUUCUCCCAAGAAGCAGGCGUCUUUUAAUUUCGUGGUUGCUGUCACCAUCUGCAGUGAUCAUGGAGCCCAAGAAAGUAAAAUCUCUCACUGCCUCCAUUUCUUCCCCUUCUAUUUGCCGGGAGGUGAUGGGACCAGUGGCCAUGAUCUUGGGUUUUUUUUUAUGUUAAGCUUCAGACCAUAUUUUGCACUCUCCUCUUUCAUCCUCAUUAAAAGGUUUUUUUAAUUCCUCCUCACUUUCUGCCAUCAAGGUUGUGUCAUCUGCAUAUCUGAGGUUGUUGAUAUUUCUUCCGGCAAUCUUAAUUCCGGCUAGGGAUUCAUCCAGCCCAGCCUUUCGCAUGAUGAAUUCUGCAUACAAGUUAAAUAAGCAGGGAGACAAUAUACAGCCUUGUUGUACUCCUUUCCCAAUUUUGAACCAAUCAGUUGUUCCAUAUCCAGUUCUAACUGUAGCUUCUUGUCCCACAUAGAGAUUUCUCAGGAGACAGAUGAGGUGAUCAGGCACUCCCAUUUCUUUAAGAACUUGCCAUAGUUUGCUGUGGUUGACACAGUCAAAGGCAUAGUCAAUGAAGCAGAAGUAGAUGUCUUUCUGGAACUCUCUAGCUUUCUCCAUAAUCCAGCGCAUGUUUGCAAUUUGGUCUCUGGUUCCUCUGCCCCUUCAAAAUCCAGCUUGCACUUAUAGGAGUUCUCGGUCCACAUACUGCUUGAGCCUUCCUUGUAGAAUUUUAAGCAUAACCUUGCUAGCGUGUGAAAUGAGUGCAAUUGUGCGGUAGUUGGAGCAUUCUUUGGCACUGCCCUUCUUUGGGAUUGGGAUGUAGACUGAUCCAAUCCUCUGGCCACUGCUGAGUUUUCCAGAUUUGCUGGCAUAUUGAGUGUAGCACCUUAACAGCAUCAUCUUUUAAAAUUUUAAAUAGUUCAGCUGGAAUAUCAUCACUUCCACUGGCCUUGUUAUUUGCAGUGCUUUCUAAGGCCCAUUUGACUUCACUCCCCAGGAUGUCUGGCUCAAGGUCAGCAACCACACUACCUGGGGUAUACGAGCCAUCCAUAUAUUUCUGCUAUAAUUCCUCUGUGUAUUCUUGCCACCUCUUCUUGAUGUCUUCUGCUUCUGUUAGGUCCUUACCACUUUUGUCCUUUAUUAUGGUAAUCUUUGUACGAAAUGUUCCUUUCAUAUCUCCAAUUUUCUUGAACAGAUCUCUGGUUCUUCCCAUUCUGCUGUUUUCCUCUAUUUCUUUGCAUUGCUCGUUUAAGAAAGCCUUCUUGUGUCUCCUUGCUAUUUUUUUGAAAUCUGCAUUCAAUUUCCUGUAUCUUUCACUAUCUCCCUCGCAUUUUUCUUGCCUUCUCUCCCCCGCUAUUUGUAAGGCCUUGUUGGACAGCCACUUUGCUUUCUUGCAUUUCCUUUUCAUUGGGAUGGUUUUCGUUGCUGCCUCCUGUAUAAUGUUGCGAGCCUCCACCCAUAGUUCUUCAGGCACUCUGUCCACCAAAUCUAAAUCCUUAAACCUGUUAUUCACUUCUACUGUGUAUUCAUAAGGGAUUUGAUUUAGAUUGUAUCUUACCAGCCCAGUGGUUUUUCCUACUUUCUUCAGUUUAACCGUGCUUCGUUUUGAUCUCCAAGGCCAAACUUAUCAGUUGUUCCUUUUAUCUCUUGAGUCCCUACUUUAGCAUUCCAAUGCCCUAUAAUGAGAAGAACAUCCUUCUUUGGUGUCACUUCUAUAAGGUGUUGUAAGUCUUCAUAGAAUUGGUCAAUUUCAGUUUCUUCAGCACCAGUUGUUGGUGCAUAAACUUGGAUUACUGUGAUAUUAAAAGGUCUGCCUUGGAUUCAUAUCGAGACCAUUUUAUCAUUUUUGAGAUUGCAUCCCAGUACAGCUUUCGCCACUCUUUUGUUGACUAUGAGGGCCACUCCAUUUCUUUUACGGGAUUCUUGCCCGCAGUAGUAGAUAUGAUGGUCAUCCGAACUGAAUUCGCCCAUUCCCGUCCAUUUUAGUUCACUGAUGCCCAGGAUGUCAAUAUUUAUUCUUGCCACCUCAUUUUUGACCACAUCCAACUUACCCAGGUUCAUGGUUCUUACAUUCCAGGUUCCUAUGCAAUAUUUUUCUUUACAGCUUUGGACUUUCCUUUCGCUUCCAGGCAUAUCCGCAACUGAGCGACCUUUCGGCUUUGGCCCAGCCGUUUCAUCAGCUCUGAAUCUACUUGUACUUGUCCUCCGCUCUUCCUCAGUAGCAUGUUGGACUUCUUCCGACCUGAGGGGCUCAUCUUCCAGCGUCAUAACUUUAUAUGCCUGUUGUCUUUGUCCAUGGAGUUUUCUUGGCAGGGAUACUGGAGUGGCUUGCCAGUUCCUGCUCCAGGUGGAUCACGUUUGGUCAAAACUCUCCACCAUGACCUGUCCAUCUUGGGUGCCCUGCUCAGCGUAGUUCAUAGCUUCUUUGAGUUAUUCAAGCCCCUUCGCCACGACAAGGCAGUGAUCCAUGAAGGGGGCUGAUGGGACUACUGAUUCGUUAAUGUAGAGAUGGCCCACUUCCCUUGGUAUCCAAGAAAUGGAAAUCUAUUUGUAUUCUGAUGUCUACUCAGCAGUAAGGGUGUCAAUUAAUGGGGUGCAUGCACAUACAAAACCUAAAGGUCCAAGUAUUGUUAGUGUGUUAUAUCUGUGUGUCUACCUAUAUUUUUAAAAAAAAUCCUUGCAAAUGAAGCUGAUCUUUUUUUGCCACUUCUUCAUUCACAAUUUAGUAGGUUCACUUCCAGCCAAAUAAAAUGGGCCCUUGAUCUUUCAUUCCCACUGCUACAUUUUGAGCAGCUGGAGUUGUGAGGGAGUAUCUUUCAUAAAUUUCCUUUUUGAACUUCUGCAUAUAUACACUAGUGUUCUGGACUUCAGGGAGCUGGAAAUGAAAGGCAAGAUUAAUCUGAAGGAGGCCUUCCUGGUGACAGCUCUGCUUUCCAAGUUGCUCGUCACCCUGAGCUUUUUUGCACUUUCCAGGCAAAACAAAAGCCUCUACAUGUAACAUCAGUCUUCAAGCAUCACCUUUAUGCAUGAACUUUCUCACUGUACAUUUAACAGUGUUCUGUUUCUUAGUGGAUGCUUCUUUUAUAAUAUCGGGUCUUCUAACUGAACUGUUGAUAUUUCCAGUUCCAUUUUAUUUUAUCAGUAUUUGAGAGCUUAUGUAGCAAGAGUACUGAUUCCCACUAAUAGCAAAAAGGGGCAACUGAAGGCCCCUAGGCCAAGACCACCCAGCUUACCAAACAAAGGGCAACAGAGGCUGUGGAGGCAGCUGCAUUUAUGUACUAGAACCUGCCAGCAGGCCACCUCAGUGAACUCCAUUCUUCCAAUGGCCCUCCUGGAAAUUCAGUUGUUUUUGUCCUUCAAAAAUGUCUAACUCUUCUACAAUAUUUUGAGGCUUUUUCCUAAUACAAUGUACAUUUGGAAAAUGCAAUUUAAAAUGUGUAUUAAAACGCCAUUGAUAAAGUAGAAAUAUCAAGUGAGUGAUCCUUCCCAAUGUGAUCCUUUUGAGGCUUUUUUUUUUUUUUUGGUCAAUUAUUUGAAAUAUACUGCACUAAUUAGGUACACACAAUGGUGAUUUCAAAUUGAUAUCUCUUGCUUAUUGCCUCCACUUAUUAGGACUAUCCAUCAUUCCGUUGUACAAACAGCAACCUUACUGUUCAGCCUAGCCCGUAUCUCAGCUACAGGCUGCCCAAAGAUUUUGUAGACCUUUCCACUGGGGAAGAUGUUCACAAAUUAAUUGACCUGCUCAAACUGGUAAGUAAGUUUCCUAACUGAGGAGCAUAUCUUUAAGUUUCUAAGGUAACUAGGCUAUUUGGUAACUGGUUUCCAGCUUUUCUCAGCAAGUUAGGCAUAUUGAUCACACAGUGGAAGACAUUGAGGUUUUCACUUUUAAUCAGUCAAUUUCCUGCCAUUCUAACAAGGUUAAUCAUAUCACUCCUCAGGCAGAAGGAAAAGGCUAAAUAACAAUUGGCAACAGCACUGAGUGAAAUCUUAUCAAAAGCAUUUCAUUGAGUGCUUUCUUGUUGUUCAGUCGUUGGUGGUUGCAGGUGGAGGUGGGGGGAUAUUAGCUAAUCCAAAAGAAAUUUAUCCAUCUGAAGUAUUCUUCCAAAAGAACAUCCAUUUACUUAAGGUUGUAUAUUUUGUACUGUACACUUGUUAAAUAUAGUCUUGAUCUAAUAACAGGACAUGCCUUCAGGCUUUACAGAAGAUCUCUUAGUGAUAGAACACAGGGUUUAGCUUAAAAGCCUCCGAUGUGUCAGCCUAUAGAUCAUGAAAUCUUUAGUUCCAAAGCUUGUGAAGGUAGCUUGUGGGGUUAUCAAAAAAGCUGCAAGCUUCCCUGCUGAUCUUUUUCCCCAGUGCUUUAUAGGUCACAUUAUGAAAAUUCCAUGCAACUGCUGGAUUAACCCGACAAGCCCAUUGAUGCAUUAGCAAUCUCAACUGAACUAUUCAUUAUGUCCCUGCAGAACAUGCUGUGGGGGGUGGUGGGGGUGGGGAGAGUGGGUCACUAAACAGCAUGUGCAUUUAAUGAUGCACCCAUCAGUUCAGGAAGAAGGAGAAGAGAGUGUUAGAUUGAGCAUGGAAGAGCUUCAAGUGUGAUGUCACUUAACCAGGAAGUCAUUAUUAUUAGUGUUCUGUUCCCCUGCAGUUCCCUGCUUUAAAAGAGAGGUCUUUAUUUAGUCUUUUUUAAAAAGCCCUUUGAUGUUAGUUCUUUCUGAUAAUUGAUUCUCCUCUCUUGAAUUAUGUAGAUUUUAGUGAGCAUUGCUAAUAUUGAAUUAUGCAAAAAAAAUUAAAGUAACAUGUCCAAAUACUCCUGUCUCUGUGGCUUUAGAAGGGGGAUGGGAAACCUUCCCCCCACCCCUCUAGAGAGCUGUGCUCCUUUGGGGGCCACAUGCUGGUGGUGGGCAGGAUCAGAACCAAAAGUGGACAGGCCAUUCCCUCCUUCAGCCACCGCCUUUUUUCCUUAGCCUUUUCCUCCCUGCCCAGGCAGGCAGCCAGGGGAAGGGGCAGCUUGCUCUUGCCCAAGGGCUCUGCUGCAGAGGGCUCUUUUGCUCUCCUUCCAUCUGUUUCAGCUCUCCUGCCCUCUUCUCUCCCUCGGGGAAUAUAGGCAGUGGGAAAUGUGUUGUAUUUGUUCAAUUGCAUGGCUGUCUCCUCUGGAAAAUAGUUGUAGCAUUGAAUUCAAUAUAAUUUCAUUUUCUUGGUUAUCCUAACAGAAACGAAAUCAGCAAGAUGAUGAAGAAUCAUGAAACGUGGGAUGAAAUUGGAAUAAGAAACAAGGCCACAACUUCAUGGGGAACGAUAGCAUUUUUGACACCACAAGCUCUGAGAACAUUAGCUCUUUAAUAUUAUUCCCACAACCCCGUGAUGAUUCUGAUCUUGUGUGGGCACUUCAUUGAAUAAAUCUGUUUUAAGCUGACUUUGCAGUAUUACAAGGGAGACAGCUGGUUCUCGCUUAACACUGCUGGGUCUCCCCUUUCUCUUGAUGACAACUUUUUAUUUCACAACUCGCUACAACCAAGAGAACUGUUGUUGUUGUUUUUUGCUGUAGUGCUAUCCUCUAAAACUAUUUAUUUAUGCAGUGGUACCUUGGUUUAAGAACAGCUUAGUUUAACUUGGAUUAAGAGUGCUGCAAACCCAGAAGUAGGUUUGUGAACUUUGCCUUGGAAUAAGAACAUGCUUCGCUUCCUGUUGAGUGUGUUCCAUUUGUAAAUUGAGUUUCCCGCUGCUAUGGGAAAGCACACCUUGGUUUAAGAACGCUUUGGUUUAAGAACGGACUUCCAGAACGGAUUAAGUUCGCAAAUCAAGGUACCACUGUAUUCUAGUUUAUUGGCCACUUGUUCAUAAAAAUAUCUAAGCAGUGAACAAAAUAUAUAACAAAUACAUAAAAAUCAUCAUAAAUACAAUGUGUAAAACCCCUUCAUUAUAACAGUGCUACAAGCAAAACAAAUAAUAUGUCAGUUGACAAAAGGUUUCAGCAGGCAUCUGAAAUAGAAAAAGUGCCUGGCUAAUUGUCAGUGGAGCCAUGUUCUACUAAGCUGGCAUGAUCACAGUGAAAGUUGUUGGUAGUUUCAUGCCUUAGAAAUGGGCACUGCCAGCAACUCCCACUUGUUGAAUGUUCAAAUCAGGCCUAAGGCAUAGGGGGGCAAGAUGAUCUUGAAGGUAACCUGUUCCUAAGUGGUUCAGGGUUUUAUAAACUAAAAUUAACACCUCUAUACUGGGACUGGUAGCACACACAGGCAGACCUUCUGAAUACGAAACUGGCAGCCACUGUAGCAAUGUGCUGACCUUAAGUCUCAAAGAGUUUUCCUGUUUUGCCCGGAAGGUGGCUAGAGCAGAGGGCUCCUAUGACUUGGGAGAUGGGAAGCGACCAAACCCAUUGACCUGAGAGGGAGUUUCUCCCGUAAGUAGUUUGCUGCCUUUGGUGUGAGUCAGCUCUGCUUUCUUCCCAGGCCCUGCUGCUUUUGGCCCUUGCAGCAGGGCCUUGGUUCACCAAGAUGAGGUUUUUUUCCCUUUCCACUUCGGUUGCUGGUGAGGAGAGUUUCCAGUUGUGGAAAUAAAUGGAAAUAUUAUGAUUAUUUUCUUCAUAUCUGUCCUGUCCUUCAGAACUGUCUGGCCUUUUUUGGCCAAAGGGCCACAUUCACCCAGAGCCAAGCUUCUGGGGGCAGCAGGGCAGCAGUGUCUGUGGUCAAAGGUAUGUGCACCCACUCUCCACCCAACCUCAGACACACCACACCCCCUGCCCACGGCUGAUCCGGCAGAUUAGCUGAAGAAAAGGGGCCGUUUCCCCCUCAAAUGACUGGCCUGGGACCAGCAAGGGGAUUAUUUGCAUCUUUAUCAGGGUGCUGGAUUCCACCCACCCCAGCCCUGGGUCUACAUUAUUAUUUUGCCACCACCACCACCACCACAAAAAUGGUGGUGGGGGGAAAAUCGUUGUUGGAGUGUGUGUGUGUGAGAGAGAGAGAAUCAGGCCGUGAACUGAGGGAAUUGUAGCGUUGGAAGGGACCCUGAGGGUCAUCUAAUCCAACCUCCUGCAGUGUAGGCAUAUGCAGCUGUCCCAUACAGGGAUCGAACCCACAACCUUGGUGUUAUCAGCACCAUGCUCUAACCAACUGAGCUGUCCAGGCUGUCCAGAUAACCACCCUUGGCAUAUGCUCUUCUAGGGUGGCUCACCACAGUAAAAGCAACACAAAACAUUGAAACAGCAAUAAGCAAAUUAUGAAGUAAAAUGAAGGACACAGUAAAAGCAUUAUCAGCUUAAGAAUGUAAAAAUGUAUGAAAACGUAGGUACUGAGCAAGCUUCCCUGAGGAGGGGAUGCCAGAGGCCACAGAUGAGAAGGGCCUCUUGGUGGUUGCCACCCACUUUGCCCCAGAAGGGGGGGAGAAGCCAGGCCAUGUGAUGUGAGUGGAGAGGCAGGCAGUCCCUUCGGGCACCUUGGUUUGAGCUGCAUAGGGCUCUAUUGGUACACCUGACGUGUCUGCUUUUUCAUGUGACUGUCAAAAUAAAACAGUAAAUUCUGUGGAAACAACUUUGUUUUAUAGAGCUUUUCUUGAUACCAGUUAUUUUGGCACAGCCAUUUCAUACCUGGAAAAAUAGCAGAUUCAGUGUUUAGUCAUAC